CAAAAUUCCUGCGCACUCUGUGCUGCUAAUUUAGUUAUUGUGUCAGUAAGUGGCGUGGGCUGGUUAAAAGCCUGUAAAUGAUGCUUUGCCGAUUACACGCCCCUUACAGAGCCACCCAUAUAGCCUUACCAUCCCGCCGCUGUGCAGCUAGCAUUUAGCAGCUGGGAGCACUGAGCGACCUCCUGGCACGGCAAAUUAGCACAACUAAAGGGCGCAGCCCGGCUUUCCCAAGGGAUAUUGCGCCUCCUGCGCCAAUAAGGACUUGAUAGAUACUAAGAGCCCCGCCCGCCCCUAUAAGCAGGGACAAGUUGCUGCAGCUAGGUCUCAUUGGAACUGAUAGAAGAAGGAGAAUGGGGCAGAAAAUGAAGGAAAAAGUUUCCAGCUUCCUGUUCGAAUAUGACACCCCUAGGAUGGUGCUUGUCCGGGACAAGAAAGUGGGGCUGACAUUCAGGAUGAUCCAACUGGGAGUGCUGGCUUACAUUAUAGGAUGGGUGUUUGUCUAUGAGAAAGGCUACCAGACUGUGGAUGGCAUCAUCAGCUCUGUCUCUGUUAAAAUAAAAGGCUUAGCUGUUACAGACCUACCGAGUAUUGGCACAGAGAUCUGGGAUGCAGUAGAUUACGUUUUCCCACCUCAGGGUGACAGCUCAUUUGUUGUGAUGACUAACUUCAUUACUACCGCAGAUCAAAAGAUGGGAUACUGUAAUGAGCUCCCAGAUGUAGCACCUUGUAAAACAAAUGAUGACUGCACAAUCACAGCUUUUCGACAGAGUCAAGAAGAGACCAAUGAUCCAUCCAUGGGACUGUCAGGUGUCAUGACUGGAAAUUGCACACCAUAUGAUAAUAAAACCAAGACCUGUCAAAUCUAUGCCUGGUGUCCAGUGGAAAAUGAUUUCAAUGUUCCCAAGCCUCCGCUACUAUCGCAGGCUGAAAAUUUCACUCUCUUUAUUAAAAACAGCAUCAGUUUUCCUAGACAUGGAGUUACUAGACAGAAUUUAGUGGAGUCAGUAACUAGCAACUAUCUAAAAAAGUGCGUUUAUCACAAAGAAAAUGAUCCGCUGUGCCCUGUCUUUCGAUUGGGAUAUAUUGUGGAACAAUCUGGUCGGAAUUUCAGUGAGCUGGCCUACAAGGGUGGAACAAUUAGCAUUGUAAUUGACUGGCAGUGCGAUCUUGAUUGGCCUGUGAGGUACUGUAAACCUACCUACGAAUUUCAUGGACUACAAGAUGAAAAUAAAGUCUCUCAAGGAUUUAACUUCAGGCAUGCAAGAUACUACAAGGAAGAUGGAGUAAGUAAAAGAACAUUAUUCAAGGUGUUUGGUAUUCGAUUUGACAUCCUGGUAAAUGGACAGGGGGGGAAGUUUGAUAUAAUUCCAACAAUGACAACCAUAGGCUCGGGAAUUGGUAUAUUUGGAGUGGCAACUGUUGUGUGUGACCUGAUGUUGCUACAUGUUCUUCCAAAAAGGAACUAUUAUAAGGAGAAGAAGUUUAAACAAGCUAAAACAGCGCAAAAGGAUUCACAAGAAAAGGAGGAAGUCUAUUCCCAGAAUGGCCAACAGCUCAAUUCCAGCAGCUCAGAGAAUGUCUAUGAUACACAGUUAAAUACAUACAAGUCCUGUUAAAUCAACAGAAAGGGGCACCAAGAUGGAUGAUUGACCAAACCAACGCUUUCAUUGAAGAUCUACAACAGAACACAAUGCUAAAUUCACGUUUGUUCAGAACUAUGGUGUGCAAUAAGAAAUACUUGAUAAUAACACAUAAUAGUCAGCAUCGGAGCACUGGUGACAUGCAUUUCACAUGGAUUCUAUAACCAUCAGAUUAAGAUUAUCACUGUCAGAUUUCAUUCAUCCUUAGGGAAAUUUCACAUGCAGCAAUUUGCUUGGGUUUUGCAUAAAAUCUGGAGAAUUGGGGAGAAUCCCAUUCCAUUUCCAUCAUUGUCCAAAAUCUUUAAGUUUGAGUGUUUGAGGUGAAUGUGAUAUUUUGUGUUAUUUCUGACUUUGACAUAAACUGUCUGAAUGUGUAAUAUAGUAUUUGUGGAGUUUAUGUUGUGUUAAUUUACCAUUUAUAUUUGACUCCUAUGUAACAUGAUGUUAAAUGUUUAAGGCCUAUUUACCAAAAUCGCAAACACAUUGUUACUCUUGCCAUCUUCCCCUCAAUGUCAAAGUAGAAAAGUGCAUUUUAUUCGCACAGAGAGGUUUUGAAAUAUUUUUUACAAAAGAGGACAAAAUUCUUUUCAGCACAAAAUGUUAUUUUAUAAAAAGCUUUACCAAGCACAGGACAAAUAUGUUUAUUAGUACAUUAGAGAAACAUGGUGACUUUUUAGGUUUUUAGGCAAACAAAGGAAAUGUUCAUAUUACAAACUAUGGUAAAUAGGUCCCCUAAAGACUUUUAUAUUUACCUUCACGCCACUUCCAGUUCCACUCACUGGGAGAUCUACAAUUGAGGAUACAUAUGGAGUAUAUUGCAGUACCUUAUUACCUGUUUGAUUACUUAAAUUUUAUACAUAAAUACAGAAUGUGUAAUGCUCUUCUUCAGACCAUUAAGGGCAAAGACACAAGUAGCGAUUAGUCUGAAAACAGCAUGAGAUUAGUUGCAGCGACUUAUACAUUACCCUAUGAUGGGAAAGUCUAAUCAACCCAUUUUGUCUGAGUACUAAAUAGAGGAACUGCAUCUAGAAAAAAUGUUAGGAAACAAUUGCUUCCUUCACUCAUCUGUGUCUCUUUUUGCAAAUAACCAUGUACAUUUUAUGCAAUAUUAUGAAUAAUAUUUAAGCUUUAUUUUGAGUUUAUUGCAACUAAGCACAAAUGAGGUUUGAUUAGGUUACUAUUGUGGAAGAUUUCAUUUAUAGGGGAAGAUGGGGGGGGGGAAUUACUACAGUCACAACAGCCAUUAUUUACUUUCCUUUAGUCUUUUUAUUUAUUUUUGUAUUAAACGCCUUUCCAUAAACAGCCACAUAUGUUUUAUCAGAUACAAAAUAAUAACAUAGAAGAUCAUUCUGAUUCUGUACCAAGUGGAAAAAAUACAAUUUCUACAGUAAUUAAUAAUACUAAUAGUGAUAAUGAUUCGAAUAAAUGAAAGCAAAAUGUGCUUUUUAAUAAAGAUUAUAAUGUACAAACAGCUGUGCUUUGUUAAGGAUUGUAGUAACAAACAAAAGCCAGUGGUAAACAUAUUCUUUUAUUAUUGAUAAUGUGUACAAGAGUAGGGCAGUCAUUUUCUUAUGAAAUGUAUCUAAAAAUUUAAAGAUAUAUUUAUUUCAUAGAAAAUAAAUGGCUUCCACCAAACCAAACACUGUACUAUAAAAGAAACAUGAUUAUUUUAGAAUGUAUAUUUUUCAUAUAACACACUGGAUAAAGCUCCUAUAAGCUCCUAAGGUUGCCCUUACCCACAGUGUGAGUUCUAUUGUGUGGUUAGAAAAUACAGAGAUAAUUAGCUCUAUUCUUAAUAUUUAUAAUAUUUGUUUAGGUUUUUAAAGAAAUGUGUAUCCACUAUUUACUGACCAAAUCUAAUGAGAGCUGCUGUAACUCAGCAUGAACUUUAGGCUUAGGUUACCAUGCUGUACUUUAUCUAUUAGACAGUAGAGUGAAACAGAUAGCUGUUGCUAUGUUAUCGGCUGUGUCCCUUGAUUUCAGGAUCUGAAUCAAAGCAGAAUUCCCUUCAACUGUUUUUCUCACUGCUUUAUGUAAUUUGUGAGCACAUGUAAUACAUAAGGCUAUGUGACUGUUUUGUAGCAAACAAAAUUGUUUAAUAAAAAUAAAAAGUAUUUUUGUA